AUGGAUGACCAAGACUGGGUUCUCGUCAAAAGACCCACUAAUAGGGAUAUUUGGAGCCCAAAUUUACCAAAUUCAGAGGGUUCAAGCCCUCUGAAGGUCAGAUUCAAUGAUCCCGCAAAAGAAUGGACUGAUGCUCUUCCAAUUGGAAAUGGUCGUCUUGGUGCUAUGGUCUGGGGUGGUGUUCCAUCUGAAGUCCUUAAUCUCAAUGAGGACACACUUUGGACUGGGGGCCCUGGAGAUUAUACUGAUCCUCAAUCUCCGCAAGUCCUGUCUCAGGUCAGGAAACUUGUCAAUGAAGGCCUAUAUGCAGAAGCUACUUUGGUGGCAGCUAAGUUAUCUGGAAAGUCAUCAGAGGUAUAUCAGCCCCUUGGAGAUUUGAAGAUAGAAUUUGAUAAUUCGCACGCUACAUACGCUGAAGCAACAUAUCUCAGGGAGCUGGACCUGGAUACUGCUACUGCCAAAGUAAAAUAUUCAUUAGAUGACGUGGAAUUCACACGGGAAUUCUUCGUCUCGAAUCCAGAUCAAGCAGUUGUUGUAAGGAUUUCUGCAAACAAACCAGGGCGUCUGAACUUUACUGUAUCUCUGGACUGCAAAUUAGAUCACCAUUUGUACGUGAAUGGAGGAAGCCAAAUUGUUUUGGAGGGAAAUUGUCCUGGCAAAAGAAACUCACUGAAAGCGAAUCAAGAUGGCAAUCCUAAAGGACUUCUGUUCUCAUCUGUUCUUGAUUUACAGAUAAGCGAUAAAUUGGGUUCAGUGCACGUUUUAGAUGACAAGAAACUUCGGGUUGAGGGUUGUGAUUGGACGGUUAUGGUCCUGGUGGCUUCAUCUUCAUUCGAUGGGCCGUUCACCAAUCCUUCUGACUCAAAAAGAAAUCCAACCUCUGAAGCUUUUAGCACUAUGAAGUCCAUAAAAAGAUUUUCUUAUUCUGAGCUUUAUGCUCGCCAUGUGAAUGACUAUCAAAAUCUUUUUCAUCGAGUCUCGCUGCAUCUCUCUAAAAGUUCCAAAAGUUUUGGUGGGAAUGAAGUUGCUUUGAGGGGUAAAUGUGUGAUUGAAAAUGAUGAAAAUCCCAUGCCAACUGCAGAAAGGGUAAAAUCAUUUCAAACUGAUGAAGAUCCAUCCUUGGUGGAGCUUCUAUUCCAUUAUGGUCGAUAUCUGCUUAUAUCUUGUUCACGACCAGGAACACAGGCGUCAAACCUGCAGGGCAUAUGGAGCAAAGAUAUCAGCCCGCCAUGGGACUGUGCUCCUCACUUGAAUAUUAAUCUUCAAAUGAACUACUGGCCCUCCCUUCCUUGCAAUCUUCAGGAAUGUCAGGAGCCUUUGUUUGACUAUAUUUCUACGCUAUCAGUGAAUGGAAGUAAAACUGCAAAGGUAAACUAUGAAGCAAGUGGUUGGGUUGCUCAUCAGAUAUCUGAUCUAUGGGGAAAAACAUCUCCAGAUUAUGGUGAUCCUGUGUGGGCUUGUUGGCAAAUGGGUGGAGCAUGGCUCUGCACCCAUGUGUGGGAGCAUUAUACAUAUACCAUGGAUAAGGACUUCCUGAAGAAUAAGGCAUACCCAUUGCUGGAAGGAUGUGCUAGUUUCCUGUUGGACUGGUUAAUUGAAGGUCCCGAGGGUUAUCUGGAAACCAACCCAUCAACCUCUCCCGAGCAUAAGUUUAUUGCACCUGAUGGUAACAUUGCCUGUGUCAGCUACUCGUCGACCAUGGACAUGGCAAUUAUUAGAGAAAUUUUUUCUGCCAUUGUUUCUGCUGCUGAGGUCUUAGGUAAAAGUGAUGAUGGAAUGAUUGCAAGAGUUCACGAAGCUCAGAAACGCCUUCGUCCAACAAAGAUUGCCCAAGAUGGAGCUAUCAUGGAAUGGGUAAAAGACUUCAAGGAUGCUGAAGUGCAUCAUAGGCAUGUCUCCCAUUUAUUUGGAUUGUACCCUGGCCACACAGUUACACUUGAGAAAGAUCCGGAGCUCUGCAGAGCAACAGGAAGCAGCCUGUUCAAAAGAGGGGAAGAAGGUCCAGGGUGGUCAACAACAUGGAAAACUGCUCUAUGGGCUCGUCUUCGCAACCCGGAGCACUCCUAUAGGAUGGUUAAGAAUCUGUUUGUUUUAGUGGAUGCUGACAGCCACGGCAAAGAAGGAGGGCUUUAUAGUAACCUAUUCACAGCUCAUCCUCCUUUCCAGAUUGACGCCAAUUUCGGCUUCUCUGCAGCAUUAGCGGAAAUGCUUGUCCAGAGCACAAUGCACGACCUGUAUUUGCUACCUGCUCUUCCUGAACAUAAAUGGCCGUACGGGAGUGUCAAAGGCUUGAAAGCACGAGGUAACGUGACGGUAGGUGUCUCCUGGAAGGAAGGAGAACUCCAUGAAGUUGGGAUAUGGUCAAAUGAUCAGCAGAAGAAGAAUAGUGCCACUGUGAAGAGAUUACAUUAUGGAGGGAUUACUGUGACUGCAACUAUAGCUUCUGGCUUAGUUUAUACAUUCAAUAAGGAGUUAAAAUGCGUGAGGUCGCAUCUUCUUUUGCAUGAUUUCCCUUAA